CAACAGAAACAAAACAUCUUUCUCCUCUUACCACCACCAACAUUCACCGUUCAACAAUCUCAUACUGCAAGUCAUCCCAUAGAUCGUCAACUUUGCCUGAGCCUUUCGUGUACAAACCAUUCGUUUCGAACCUCCCUGGAUAUUCAGUCGCUUGCGCCGAACCCCUCCAAGCCAUCGUCAUGGGUGAAUCCAGGCAGGAAUUGCUGAACUGGCUGAACGGAUUACUCCAGCUCAACAUCACAAAAGUUGAACAAUGUGGUACUGGUUCAGCCUUCUGUCAGUUAUUCGACUCAAUCUUCCUUGACCUGCCCAUGGGUCGAGUCAAAUUCAAUGUCAAUACAGAAUAUGCCUACAUACAAAAUUUCAAGAUCUUACAGAAUUGCUUCACCAAACAUGGCAUCGAUCGGACCGUGCCCGUCGAAUCACUAGUAAAAUGCAAGAUGCAAGACAAUCUGGAAUUCCUACAAUGGUCAAAAAGAUUCUGGGAUCAAUACUUUCCGGGACAUGACUAUGACGCAGUCGCACGAAGAAAAGGGACCGGCGCUCCAACUCCUGCCCCGUCUGUUGCUGCACGAGUAAGCACAGGCGCAAGUACCACACGAAAAACCGGUGCAACACCCGUCAACAGAGCUGCUCCACGUGCGCUGUCGGCGGCUUCCGGGGGCUCUGCGGUUCUCAAGCAAGAAAACGAGCAACUCAAAGAGGCCAUAGGAGGGUUGGAAAAAGAACGGGAUUUCUACUUCAGCAAACUCCGCGACAUUGAACUACUGCUUCAGACCGCCGUUGAACAAGAUCCCAGUCUCGAUGCCGACGAGAACGGACUGAUCAAGCAGGUUCAGACCAUACUCUAUAGCACGGAGGAAGGGUUCGAGAUUCCUGAUCUGGAGGCAAACGGGGCAGAAGAGCCGGAAACAUUUUAAGCCUGAAGCAGCAGCAGCAGAAGAAGACGACAACGAGAACCACGAUAUCGGAUGCGGACGCGGAUGCGGAUUACAGCGUGUGGUACAUCUUCCUCUGAGGCUAGAGAGAUGGCCCCAGUAAGGAUAUGAGCCGAUGACGGGAAAGAAAAGGAGACGCAAGUGCUUGCAAGGUUUUUGGUGUAUGGAUACUCGGAGGGGAUUCUAGUCUAUACGGGCAGGUUGCAGGCCAUUCCAUUGCCUGGAGAGACAAAGAUGAGAUACCCUUCAGCCGUCAAAUCGUUUCUCUUUUUUGCCCAAUUUUGAGCUUCGUCUAUUGGUAAACAAGAUAUUGCAGCAAGGGAUCGGUCUGGCAGGAUUGCAGAGACAGAACUUCGACCGAGAUACAGAAAGUGAAAAGAGAACACAUUCUCUGCGGGUUUUCUUCACCUGCAAGGGAGCCAUCACCAUAAUUCGAGGCUCCUGCGUAGCUACGAAUCAGUACGUAAGUAAGGCUGUAUUGUGCUG